CUCUAGGUGUUUUGGCAGCUCAUCCAAAACUUUUACAUAAAGUGGUUCCUAAAUGGACGGCACAAGAUUGGUGUCAUAGUACUGAUCCUGGUAAACAAUUAGGUGUUUAUAAUUUUAGAGAUACUGAACGGCAUCCCGGAAUAUUUCGUUUUAGAUUUUAUCGAUUUGGUGAAUGGAUAGAAGUGGUAGUCGAUGAUUACCUUCCAACAAAGAAUCGCCGUCUUAUAUAUGCUCACUCAAAAAAUCCUAAAGAAAUGUGGUGUUCAUUGCUAGAAAAAGCUUAUGCGAAACUUUGCAAAUGUUAUGAAGCCCUGGAAGGUGGGUCAUCUUCCGAUGCACUUGUUGAUCUAACAGGUGCUGUUCCAGAAACCAUUCAAUUACAUCCAGAUGAUGAUGAGGAUAAUAUCCUGCAAAAAAUGGGUGAAAAAAAAUUUGUUGCUAUGAUACAAGGUGCUAUUAAGGAAAGGUCACUAGUGAGUUGUUCCGUUGAUGUACUCGAGGAUGAGGUUCAACAAGAAAGGUUACCUAAUGGUUUAGUUGUUGGGCAUGCGUAUGGAAUUACAAAUAUACAAGUACUCAAAAUUGGUGCCUUGUUCAAGAAAAACGAAGUCAUUCUAAUACGUCUGCAUAACCCAUGGGGUGAAGUAGAAUGGAAUGGUCCUUGGUCUGAUAAAUCACCAGAAUGGCAAAACGUUUCCAAAUCUAAGCGUAAACAAUUGGGUGCGAUGUUUCGUGGAGAAUGGUCAAUAGAGAAUGAAACAGCUGGUGGAUGUAUUAAUCAUGCAGAAACAUUUUAUCAAAAUCCGCAAUAUUCUGUCAAAAUUCAAAAACCUACAAUCAUAAUAGUAUCGUUAAUGCAACAAGAUGAUUAUGCUGAAAUUGGUGCUGAAAAAAUCACUAUAGGAUUUAUUAUUCUUAAGGUUGAAUUAAAUCGUAAAUAUCGAAUUCAUAAACCAACUUAUGAAAUCGCCGGUCGAGUUACCUAUAUUAAUUCUCGUGAAGUUACUCAAAGAAUUUCUUUAAACCCUGGUCAUUACAUCUUAAUUCCUUCUGCUUAUAAUGCUGAUGAUGAAG